AUGAAGCCCAUCACCAAACCCGUCCCGUCAGCUGAAGAGACCAUCAAUGGCAACGGUACUCAUGAAGCCCCUGUCGACAAGAUGACUUGGCAAGGCUGGGUCGAGAUUGAGUCCGAGCCUGCCAACUUCAACUUGAUGCUCAAAGAGUACGGCGUCAAGGGUGUCCGAGUCAAGGAAGUGUGGUCCCUCGACGGCCUCGACAUCCUCCCACAGCCGGUAUAUGGAGCCAUUCUGCUGUUCCGCUACCGAGACAUUUGCGUCGAAGAAGAAGCCGAACCGUGCCCGUACAGCCUCUGGUUCGCCAAUCAAACCGCCGAAAACGCCUGCGCCACUACAGCUUUGCUCAAUUUGAUGCUGAAUGUACCGGAAGUAGACCUCGGAGAGCCCCUCACCCAGUUCAAGCAAUUCACGAAAGGCUUCACUUCGGUCCUCCGUGGCCAAGAAAUCGCGAAUUUCGAGUUCAUCAAGAAGAUACACAACUCCUGGGCCAAGAAAACGGACAUCCUCAACGCCAACUUAUGUAUGCAGAACUCCUAUGAUGCCCGAAACAAGCCUACUAGGAAGCGCAAAGCGUCCGAGGCAGUCGACGACGACGAGGACGUUCCGUACCAUUUCAUCGCAUUUGUGCCGGUAGAGGGUAGUGUUUGGAGACUCGAUGGCCUGGAUAAAGAACCAUCACGAAUCGGGGACGUAACAGACGCAGGCUGGCUUUCGGUCGCUGUCGAGAGAAUUGGGGCCAUCAUGGCCAGCGUCGAGGACAUUGGCUACACGCUUCUGGCCAUUGUUCGAGACCCGGUGGAGGACCUGAAGGAAGCUCUCGCGUCGAAUCUUGCCUCAAUGAAGGAACUUGAGGGGAAAGAGGGGGUGGAGGGGCAGAGGGAGGCCCUGGAAGCGGAACAACUCCGCAUUCAGGCUAGCAUUUCGGAGGAAGAGUGGGAACUAGAGGAAGAAGAGGCGAAAGUAAAGGCGCGGAGGCACGACUACGUGCCACUGGUGGACGCUUGGGUGAGAGAGUUAGCGGGAAAGGGGGUGUUGAAGGAGCUGUUAGAGGGGGACGCUUAG